GAUGGGAGUUGUAGUCCAUAUGAGCGUUAGCCAUGACACGGGCAGGGCAGAGCAAUGUGAAUGCCCCGGUGAGGAAGAGGGAGCUGUGUAAGGAAUAUAGGUGACAUCAUAGAGGGUAUUAUACACGGGAGAUCCCCCACACAGAUUACACUACACUGACGGUACGCGUGACGUCGCCACGUAACCGCACCGUGUCCACGGGACGUGCGCGCCGCCACGCUCUGAGCUGCUGGCGGGGGCGCGCCGGUUGGUGUGUAGAUCGCAGCAUGGCCCGGGUGGCGGAGGCUGCUGGCAUUAUCAACGGCCUGGCAGCACUGUGACCCCGCACCGCUGUGCGCGACAUGGACGGCGUGAAGCUGGAUUUCCCUUCCCUCCCGCAAUGUAAGGAGGACGCCGAGGACUGGAGUUAUCCGAUGAGAAGGGAGAUGCAGGAAAUUUUACCUGGACUGUUUCUGGGUCCGUACUCUGCUGCAAUGAAGAGCAAGCUGUCGAUACUUCAGAAAUACGGAAUAACGCACAUAAUCUGCAUAAGACAAAGUAUUGAAGCAAAUUUUAUUAAAGCAAACUUUCAGCACUUGUUUAGGUAUUUAGUGCUGGAUUUUGCAGAUAACCCCAUUGAAAACAUUAUACGUUUCUUCGCCAUGUCCAAGGAGUUCAUUGAUGGCUCUUUACAGUCUGGAGGCAGAGUUCUCAUCCACGGCAAUGCAGGGAUUUCUAGGAGUGCGGCCUUGGUUAUUGCCUACAUCAUGGAAACGUUUGGAUUAAAAUACAGGGAUGCUUUCACCUACGUGCAGGAAAGAAGGUUCUGCAUCAACCCCAAUGCUGGAUUUGUUCAUCAACUUCAGGAAUAUGAAGCCAUCUAUCUCGCCAAGCUAACCAUUAAGACGAUGUCUCCUCUGCAGUUGGGAAGGACUUUCUCUCUACAAUCUGGUGCUGCCGGAAGUCUAAAGCGGUCGCUAGAAGAGGAGGACGACGAGUUCGGGAACAUGCAGGUCUCUGCGGCUCAUGAUGAUGAUGAUGAAGACACUCUAUAAGCAACCUGUCAUUUUCAUAUUCUGGUGCUGCUAUUGUGCUUUAUAGACAAUAAUAUGACUUUUUCCCCAUUUAAUAAAUGGGUGGCACCGAUUGUUUCACUGCUUUUUACACAGCCGUUUUAGUAAAAAAAAAAAAUUAAAUAAAAAAAAAAUAUAUACUAUUAUUUUUUUUGUUCGGAUGUGCAAAAGAGGUAUUAUUGCAAUAACGCACUUUUCAUACUUGAAGAUUUUUUUUUUAUUUUCAGGGUUUUUUUUUGUAUAAUAUAAAAUAAUUUCAUGUAAUGCAACCGAUGGGAAAUAGACAUAUUUCUAUGUUAUUUAAUUUAUAAGAAAAGGCUUUAGUAAUGAAACGUUUGCUGAACUUUUUGUGUGUUUUUGUAAAUACAAUUUUAUAGGUUUAGAAGUUUUUAACAAAGUGGAUUCUAUACAAAAAAAAAAAAGGCGUUCUCGACCACAGGGGGCGGUUGUACACUAUUGAUAUAACCUUCUAACUUAUCAGUUGUUUUUAUUAUGCAAUUUAUAUUGUGGCGUUGGCCUGAAAACUGAUUCCUUCAUAACAAAUUUUGUUCUGACAUUUUCCAAAUAAACAGACUGUAAAUCUA